GUGUCUCUCUCUAGACACUAAAAGAGAACAAUCCAAACCCCCCCUCUCUCUCUCGAGCUGUACACAAAUCAAAGAGCAAUUCAAUAAUACAGAAAUGGAAAGCAAUUUGCCGUUAAUAUCCAAGAGACUAUGCAGCAUUGUACGCGUCUUCUUCUUCAUGCUCCGUAAAGGCUUCGCCAAACGAAAACUCGUCAUGGGCCUCAACCUCAUGCUCAAACGUCCAGGCAAACUCGCCAGUAAAGCCAUCGCCAAUUUCAUCUCCCACCACCACCACCAUGGCAGCUCCGCCGACGACGCACCCCUGCAGUUCUCUACCGCACGCGAGUACGAGUUCAGCUGCAGCAACACUCCCAACUACAGCUUCUUCUCCAAACGUCGUCAUGCCCGUCACUUGUUUGCGUGUGCUCACGCGCCGCUCACGCUGGACGAUGACGUGGUGGUUGUCAAUAAUGCCCUUAAGAAGGCGUUGGAGAUGCUUGAUGACGACAAAUAUAAAGAUGCGGUGGAGGCGUCACCGGCUCUUCCUGGGUUCGGGCGGACGCCAACGGCGACUGCGAGACAGUUGAGGGUGACAGAUUCGCGGUUCCCGGUGCAAGACGGCGACAAUGACAGGGACGACCAGGUUGACGAGGCGGCGGAGGAGUUCAUAAAGAGGUUCUACAAGGAGUUGAGGAAGCAGGAUUGAGCAAUUUCGGAUAUAUUCCUCGUUAACUGUUAAUUGUGAUUAAUUAACCGUAAGACAUUUUGGUCAAAAAAAAAAAAAUAACCGUAAGACAUCAAUCAGUUUUGGAUAUGUUGAUGAUAAUUAAACCCAGCUCAGUUUUCAUUUAUUUGUGGGUUGGGGAUUUUGGUUUCAAGUUGUUAUUUCAGCCGUCAUAUAUAUAUAUAUAUAUAUAUAUUUGUACUUUUAAUUGUUUUAUACCCAUAAAUAA